UUAGCAUUUUCACCGCUGUGGGGGCAACACUCGAGUGCGCGAGUGUGUGUGUGCUUGGUCGCUUGCUCGCUUCGGGCCUUAUUAUGCAGGGACUCGGGAAGACAGAGAGAGGGGAGCAGGGCCGAGACAUCGACCUGACGUCGCUGAGAUCCACCAUGCCAGCCAGCGGCCCUCUGCAGGGAGGUUCAGCCUCAAAUCUGAACAUGAACCUUUACGCCACAAAGAAGACAGCAGCAGAGGGCAUGUUGGACAUCGCUCUGUUCCUGGCUAACAUCACACACAUGAAGACUGUCAUCGAACAGGGAGCUGGAUACAGGUACUACGCUGCUGUCCUGACACUCAUCUCCUUCUCCCUGGCUCUGCAGAUAGUGGCUGGAGUCCUGAUCAUCAUCAUUGCCCGCAGGGACCUGAACGUGGUGUCCAAUCAGAAACGACUCGACUACCUGAACAACCUUGCUACAGGCGUCAUCUUCGUCACCACGGUGAUUAACUUCUUCAUCAGCUUCUUCGGAUCCAAGAGGACUGGCUUCUUCCGCUGGCUGCUCGCUCGACUCCACUUCUGACACACACACACCACAUACAUACUCAAUGUAUUUCCUCUGUAUACACACGUAAACAUGUUGAUUCAAAGUUGAAAUUCACUGCUGACAAUUCACAUACAGUUUGCAUAUGUUCAAACAUCAAAUCUUAUUUAUUAUUCAGGCUUUUAAAAAUGUGGUUCACUCUGUAAUCCAACUAAAAUAUUUUCACCUUAACCAACUGAAUAUCUUUGUAAAUAUGCAUUAUUUAAUUUGCUUAAAAUAACCUGCUUGUGCAAAAUUGUGUUUGUGUUCCAUUACAUGUAUUUCAAACUGUUUUACAUUUUACAUGUGUUUCCCCCUUGUUUGGAAAUUGGUAAAAUGAUGAAAACUGUCUUUUUAAAAAUAUGAUUUAUUUUAAAAACUUGUUUGAAAUUGAAAUUUAAGGUUCGGUACCAGACAAAAAUCAAGGUAAUAUAAAUAAAAGACAUGCCUUUAAUAUGUACGUACACCCUCUCCUUC